GGGGAUUUGAGGGAGAUCAGGAGAUGGGAUAAGGCCACUGGGGAAAGUGGAGGGUUUAGAGAAGAGCAGAUAAACUUCUGUGACAGGGGAGAAAGGGAAAGCAAGUUAAAGGGAGAGGGAACGUUACAUGGUAUUUUGUCAACUUUCUCUUGGAAUAAAUUGGCAAGAACCUGUGUAGAGACAGAAGUGGAGACAGGAGAAGGGAAGAGUUUGAGAAGUGAGUCAAAGGUAGCUGGGACUGAAUUAAGGCAGCAAUGGGAUUCAGUUAAGUUGACAGAGUUAUUUAGCUAGGAAGAUGGCGGAACCGAAGGAGAGGAGAAUGACUGUGCAGUGGAGGAAGUCAGCCUGGUCACAGGAUUUCCACCAGCAAUGCUUCGCAAUGUGAGGGCAGGAGUGGAGGGAAUGAGUCAGGGCUCUGGGUUGGCGGGAUGGACUCUGUGAUGAGCAAGAAGGGCAAAAGAGUCAAGGGUGGAGGAAAGUGAAGCAUGGGGAGAAACAAGAACAAUAGCCAUUAAAGAAAUGGACAAGAAGGCUGAGAGCAGAUGAAGGCAUCGGGGCUGAUGGACUGGAAGACCCAGAAAGGCAGAGUGACGGUUAUGAAGGCAGCCUUAUGCUCCCGCUGGCGUGACUGGCCAGUGUACCAUGAAGGGACAUGCCAGUCUUCCUGGUGAGCUGAUUGCUCACUUUAAGCCCUAAUGGUCUAUCCCUUCUGGAGAUUGGGCUGAAGCAUCCACUAGCUGACUUGCCUCCUAUUCCUGCUGUGAUUCCCUCCUUCUACUUGGCGCGCCAUGGGAGGAUGCUUCUCCAAACCAAAACCAGAACUGCACUGCUCCCAGGCUCAGCCCCGAAGGCACCGCUGUACACUUUCCAUCUGCCCCCCGGAUCCUCAUGUUGAAGUGAAAAUUGAGGUGGUGCUACCAGAGAAAGAGAGGGCCAAGGAAGAGAUGUCACCCAAUGGGAAAGCCAGUCCACUUGUUUACAAAGUCAAUGGGACUGCCCGGCAUUACCACCUUGAAGAACAUCCCAUCACCAUCAACCCCUACCAGAAUGUCAAGGAUGUAGUGGAAGCCUCCGUGUGUCAUGUGAAGGACCUUGAGAAUGGACAGAUGCGAGAAGUAGACAUGGGUUGAGGGAAGGCUCUGCUGAUAAAGGAGAAUGGAGACUACUAUGCAAUGGGACACAAAUGCCCUCACUACGGAGCCCCACUGGUGAAAGGGGUUUUAUCCAAAGGAAGAGUGCGCUGUCCCUGGCACGGGGCUUGUUUCAGCAUUGGCACUGGUGAUAUAGAGGACUUUCCUGGCUUGGACAGCUUACCCAAAUUCCAGGUGAAAAUCGAGAAGGAGAAAGUGUACAUCCGAGCGAGCAAACAGGCUCUUCUGACGCAAAGAAGGACAAAGGUUAUGGCAAAAUGUAUCUCCCUCAGCAACUACAAUAUCAGUAGCACCAACGUGCUGAUCAUCGGAGCAGGUGCUGCUGGAUUAGUUUGUGCAGAGACCUUAAGACAGGAAGGUUUCUCCGACAGGAUCGUCAUGUGCACAAUGGACAGACACUUACCCUAUGACCGACCCAAGCUAAGUAAGUCAAUGGAUUCCCACUUAGAGCAGAUCACCUUGCGCCCUAAGGAAUUCUUCCGUACAAAUGACAUUGAGGUCCUGACUGAAACACAGGAUGCGGCUGUGGACAUCAAGAACAAGAUAGCUGUGUUCAAGGAUGGAUUUAAGAUGGACUAUAACAAACUGCUGAUAGCAACUGGAAACACGCCCAAAGCCCUUAGCUGUAAAGGCAAAGAAGUUGAGAAUGUUUUCAACAUCCGAACCCCUGAAGAUGCCAACCGGGUAGUGAAAUUGGCCAGCAGCAAGAAUGCAGUUAUAGUGGGAGCCUCUUUCCUUGGGAUGGAGGUGGCAGCCUACCUGACAGAGAAGGCCCAUUCUGUGUCUGUGGUUGAGCUGGAAGAAGUGCCUUUCAAGAAAUUCUUUGGGGAGAAGGUUGGCCAAGCUCUCAUGAAGAUGUUUGAAAACAACAGGGUGAAGUUCUACAUGCAGACAGAAGUGUCUGAGCUGCGGGAGCAGGAGGGCAAGCUUAAGGAAGUUGUCCUGAAGAAUGGGAAAGUCCUCCGUGCGGAUGUCUGUGUCAUCGGCAUAGGUGCAAGUCCAGCAACAGGAUUUCUGAAGCAAAGCGGCAUUAACAUUGAUUCCAAAGGCUUCAUUGUUGUUAACAAGAUGAUGCAGACCAACAUCCCAGGAGUUUUUGCGGCUGGUGAUGCUGUCACUUUUCCACUGGCCUUGCGUAACAACAAGAAGGUGAACAUCCCUCACUGGCAGAUGGCACAUAUGCAUGGCCGCAUAGCAGCUCUGAACAUGCUGGCCCAUGGCACGGAGAUCAGCACCAUCCCGUACCUGUGGACGGGUGUGUUUGGGAAGAGCAUACGAUAUGCAGGCCACGGGGAAGGAUUUGAUGAUGUCGUCUUUCAAGGCGAUUUAGAUGAACUGAAGUUCGUGGCAUUUUACACCAAGAAUGAGGAGGUGAUUGCUGUGGCUAGUAUGAACUAUGACCCGAUUGUGUCCAAAGUCGCUGAGGUCAUGGCCUCUGGGAGAGCGAUCAGAAAACGAGAUGUGGAGCUGUUCAUUCGCCAUGGCAAAACUGGAGACAUGUCUUGGUUAACUGGAAAAGGCUCUUAACAUGGAAGAAACUGAUUUCUGCUGAGACUGCACUUGCCCCAGAGGAGACCGGGAUGACCAGGAGGCUCCACUGCUAAAUGCAAAUCUAAUCAGCUGAGUCAUUGCCUCCCUCACACUUUGAAGAAUCCAGCAUCUUUCACUGAACCAUUAUAUUCCCAGCAACGCCCUCUGUACACACAGCUGGUGGUUCUGACGCACCAGUGGCAGCCUGCAUGCGUGGGCUCUGCAGAGUUUAAAAACCCUAUGGAAACACAAGGAGAACACAGGAUCGUUGAGGAAGCACUGACUUGCCCUGGUCUUCAGAGUCUGAAGCAAGCAUAUGCUCUAGCAUCUCCACGAGCCCUGCUGGCUGCAGGGACAUGUGGUGAAUAGAAUGGAAUUUACUGGCACUUUCUUCUGGUAGGAAGGGACUGCCUGCCAAAACAAGGCAAACUAGUCAUCCUGGCCACAUGGUAAAGUUGGCCCCCUCCCUGGGACACGUCUGCUCCCCCUGUAAACAAUGCCACAGCCUUUCACUGCACCCCAUGCUCCUGACUUCACCCAGAAUAUGCACCCAACUAGCCUACCCCUCACACACACGCCACUCACGUCCAAGCAUGCCCUCACCAACACCCGCAUCACUCUCCAACCUGCACCAACCCCCCCGCUCUCCCCUAGACACCCUAUGGUGCCACCCUCACACAACCGCUUGCCCCCCCUGAAUUCCCCCAACCAGGUUCACUUUCCACCCACAGUGUCAUCUGCACCCACGCAGCUUCAACCACAUCCACGAACUCCCAUUCAGAUCCUUACCUGCACAGUCCGAGUCAUAUAGCUUCACCUUUAUCCACACCCUCAGCCAUAAGCACAGGUACACAGCUCCCAGGGGCGAGCCUACCAGCCCAGGUCGACAGACUCUAGCUUGCAGGGCUAGCACACUAAAAACAGCUGUGUAGACAGUGCUUCGCCGCUGCAGCUUGGACUGAAACUCGGGCUCCUCGACUUCCAGUCCAAGCACUGUCUACACAGCUAUUUUUGGAGCACUAGCCCAGCAAGUAUCCUUGGAAUGUAGAGUCUGACUCCCGUGUUAAUUGCAGUCAGUUGCUAGGUGUGGAAGUUAAACUCCCUGUUCUGUAAAGAUCCGGGUCUCCCUUUUUCAGUUCAUAAACACAUGGGCUAGCUUCAGUCUUUCCCAGUUCCCCAGGGACCAGUUUUGACCUCACUUACACUGGAAUGAUGCUGGUGCAACUCCAUUGUUCCAAUGGAGUUACUCCUGAUUUACAUCAGUGUAAGUGAGACCACAACAAGCUUUGUGAUCUCCAAAAGAUCUCAAGUAUAAUUGUCAAUGGUUGUGAUACCAUUUCAUCUUAUUCCUUUAGCAUCCCAGGGUGAAUGUUAUCAGAUCAUCCUGUUUUGAAUACAGGUCUAGUCAUCUUGGUCUCUUUCAUAGAAUCAUAGAAUCUCAGGGCUGGAAGAGACCUCAGGAGGUGUC